CAAUCCUCGUCUCCAGAAAUGUCAAAGUUUUGUCUGAUUCACUUUAUCCAGGUGUUUUGGCGCGUUUUGCUGAUUAGCGACCCAAAGAAACGGCUGAACGUAAAAUCGACGUUUUUGUCAGCUGUAAAGUUGGGAAAUUAACAAAAAACUAACUUCGUUGAAGAAAAAUGAAGAUGUUUGGUCCUACCUUGUUAAGGUGGGGUUUUAAUGUCGAAAUGGUGCAAAUUCACCCAAAGCAAAGACCUGACAGAUAGCCUACUUUCUUUGUUUCAGUGUGGUUGUCCUCCUCUUCCUCUUACCUGUUUGUGUUUGCAGCUCAGCGUCGACAGGUAAGACCAGGUAAAUAUGUCGUGUGGUAGGUCGACUUAACAGCUAAAUUUAUUAAUCCUACAAGUGUAGCAACACUGAGAACUUUAUGUGAACUGUGUAUCACUUCUGCCAUCACUUCUUUUUUUCCCAAUAUGGCGCCUGCGGUGUUUUGAUGGGAAGUUGCUCAUAAUAUAAACUUCCGUGGACAUUAUCCCAAGGGAAAUAAUGUUUGUCACUGUUUGUUUGAGGACCUCAAAACACCGAGGAAUAAGAUAUAGACAUUAUUUAUAAUAUAAUGUGUCUAAGGGAUCACAAGAUGAACUCUUUACACAAUUUCCUGUGUUAAUAUGUGAAUUACAGAAAAAAUGCAUCUUAAAAGAAAGUGUAAUAGACCAGCAUGUUGAGUAAAUUCAGGAAAUAUGUUAAACUCAGUCUUGGUAUGUUUGUUUUGUGAAAAAAAAGUGAAUUAACGAGGUCUUUUCUGUACUGGGUUGUUUUUGAAAUUAAGAAAUAAUGAACUGUAAAAAGGCACGUUGGCCUGCAGCUCUUGUUUAUUUUUUUAUGUGUUCAGUUGAUUGAUAUUUUAUGAAAGAGGGGAAGACUCUAUAACAGUUUUCUUCUUUCUGCUCCUUUUCAUUCACAUGUUUUAGAUUUUCCUUAUUUGUAUUGAAUUUUUUAAAUAUUGACAGAAUGAAAUAAAGUAUGAAAAUGAAAAAAUGAAAAUGAAAUGACAGACAUUCUUUAUAUUUUCAGGAGUGUUUCAGACCAGAUGUCUUGAGCGUCACUUUCUGCUCUCUGUCAAGUCCAGCUUCCUUGGUGUAAAGACCCGCUUUGACUUUGAAGGUAAGUAUCUUCCUACUGAGCGGUGCUUGUUGUAAAAGUGAUCUUAUAGUGAGUCACUUUUUUCCCUUUCCUUCAGACCAGUUUGGACUCCACCUCUUGUCCGAGCAGCAGGCUGCUCUCUGUGGUUACACCGUCUUGAUUAAUGAUGUUGGAGACCUGGUCUUCAGAGCCUCCUUCCUCGCCUGUCACGUCCAAAGCAAGGUCGAUUUUUGCCUCUUUCUUUAAUACUUUUACUUGCUCCAUCUGUGAAAACAAACAUAUAUCUUCUCCGUCUCUCCUCUGCAGACAGACACAGAUUAUCAGCUGCAUUUAUGGUUUGUGAACGUGCAAGCCGACGGGAGGGUGGGGGUGUAUCCUUUCCAGCUUCACUGUUCACUUCAGGGUCAGAGGAGCGCCAGGGAGAUCAUCUGCGAGGAAAACUACAUGGAGGCGAGUUUGUAAUCCGCUGCACAUGUUUUCUCCAAGUCUGGUGAGGUUAAUCUUUACAUUACUGAUUUAGAGAUUGUAUAAAAACUAGAAGUAACCUCAAGCACCAUUUUUGUCUCAAUGUGGCAUCAGUUUCUCCUGUCUUCUCCUCUAUAGGUUUCAAUCCAGAAGUCCACUUUGCUUGUUCAGUCCAAAGAUGUGAAGCAGGUUAGUAAAUCUAUGAGCCAUCACAUCAGGAAGACCAGGACUGUCUUUUGAGUUUUUGACGUUUUGGGGGAUCUUACAUCGACAACAUCUCUGUAUUUUCAGCAGGAACCUACUGAUGCAGACCUGGCUGUGAUAUUCCACAGACCGAACCACCCCCAAGAGGAAAGGAGGGUCUUGUCCCUGGCAGAAGUUGCUACUUUGGGUUACCACGUCUCACUCCGCGGCUCACACCUCACCCUCCGCUCUCCCUACUCCUCCCUCUUCUCGUACUUUCUUCAGGUACUCAGAGAAGAUCUUGUUGACAGAGGAUCAUCAUGAAAUAAUUGAGCAGGUGCUGUGUGCGGGUGUUUCUGUUUCUCCCAGGAGGAGGGAGUGGAUUUAGAGGUCGUCAGAGCAACAAUCGUGAAUCGACUCCAGAGCAACUUCUUGGCGAUGGACGUGACUGUCGCCUGUCCUCUGAGUGAGUCGCCUCAUUAGUGAGAAUUAACUCAGCAACUGUGAAACUCAAAAGUGACUCGUCCUCUUUUUCUCCUCUAGAUGAAGCGACAGAAGACGGGUCAAACCUGCUGUGGGUAGUCCCUUAUAAUCUGUCUCCGUUAGUCCACGGUGAGUUCAAGGACAAAGGUGUGAGGAUCAUGGUGAACAGCCAGGUUCUGAGGGAGUCUGAUUUUAAGGAGAGGGGAUUUCAGAUGGGUCUGCAGGAGGGGAGAACAGAGCUAAGGAUCCCUGUAGGAGCCGACGGAGGACACAUGAAGGUACAAAAGCAGCUUCAUCAGGACUCCACCAACAUCUCCUGAUUGUGAGGGAUUCAUUGUGAUUUUUCAGAGUGGCGUUGUGAGAGGAAAGUACAGCUGGUCCAUGUCAGUGGAUCUGGUCUUUGUGAGUCAGUGGGAGGACGAGCGUUGGCCUCUCACACAGCACCGCUCCUUUAGGCUUCUCAAGACCCCUCAAAUUCCACAAAUCCCAUUCAUCACCCAAAGUAAGGCUUGUUUUUGCACAUGUGAGCAAUUUUGUCUUACUUUGUAGUUUGUUAAGUUUAUCCCCUCUUCUUUUCCUCUCUCUGCACAGACUCGGUUCUACCCGGAGGAUUGUUUGCCGUCACUUUCGGCGUCUUCGCAGCAGACGUCUCCCUCCAGAAGCUGACAGUCGACAGCGGAGGCGACCUCUUAACCUGGACUCCCAGCGAGCAAACUCAGAACAACACAGACAUCAUUGUGUCUAAACUCUCCCACCCUAAUGGGAGCCACUCCUACCUGCUCUAUUUCCCGCUUUCACACCCCAAAAUUAUCCCAGAGGUGAGAGAAAUUUACGAAUUUAUCCUUUUUUUAGAAGCGGACCAAAAACUAAAACCAGCUGUUGUCUGAUCUCAGCAUAUAGGUGGAGGAUUGAAGACGUACAGCCUCUCUUGCAUCUUCACUCUUAUCAUCCUUCCCAGUGGAGACGUUUUUUACCACCAGGCCACCGUAGAGCAGAGUGUUGAACAUAAGGGUGAGUCACUUAAUCCACUCAUACGGAGAGUACACCAUAUAUAAACCACACACUAAACAUCAUCUGGAGUAUCGUUUUCUGCCCUGCAGCUCCAGCUUCUCCAACGCUUGAGGGGAAGUGCACGGAGAGCAGCCUGCUGGUGCUGCUGCACCACGGGGCCCGGCCGGAGUUACAUUGGGAGCUCUAUGUUGGAGCCCGGAAGCUGAAUUGGGACCUGGUGGAGAUGGGAGGCAUAGUGAUAGAGGCAGAGGAGGACUACUUGAUAGUGGAGAUCCCUCUUUACAGCUCUGUGAUGAACUUAGUGGUGAUUAGUGGAUCUGUUUUUUUCGUGUCAACCUGAGUAGUAUCUUUUUAUUAGUCCCACAGGGUUUUAAAAAGCUCCAUACAGGAAGAUAUCUGAAGUUACCUUUGCUUGGUUCCUUGAAUUAGUGUUUUUAGACUAUCUGUGUUUCAAUAAAUAAAACUUUAUUUACAUUUAUGUGGAAAUCGAUUCUGUAGUUUUGUCUUUUCUUUGCCCACACAGGAGCUGAGUUUGCAGGGUCUCGUCUCUGGAGUGGAAGUGUCCGUUGUGGAUGCAGAGUCCCUGAAAGUGGAGGACCACCUUCUCCAUCGAUGCACCUUCCCUGCUAGAGAGCUUCUGUGUGCGCGUUAAAAAACUUCAACUCAAGUGUUGAAAGUCCCUGUUUUUUUUUUUUUAGUUAACGUAACCGUGACGCUGAGUGUUUCUCCGACAGUAUGUUUACCAGAAGGGAGGAUGGUGGCAAUAGUUGACACCACCCACGCAAUCCCGCCCAUUUACCCCAAUCGAACCUCCCUAUCGGAUCCUGACUGUGUUCCCAUGGAGACGGACAGUUCCAGAGCUCUGUUCAGCUUCAGCCUGGACUCCUGCGGGACGACUGUAACAGUAAGUGUGGGGGAAAAUAACAGAUAUGUUUGGAUGUUUUGGGGGUUACCAUGAAGCAAGAAAACAGGAUAUGGGUGGAGUGGUCAGAUCGGCAUAAACUUCAUAUCAGGUCAUGGUGACCCUCUCCCAUGGUAGCUUAAUUGCAAUAACAGGAAAUCUGGCGCCAAAAGAUAAUGGCAGAGAAAGUCACGAAGGGGACUUUCGCACGCACAUCUGGCCAAAACUAAGGUCCCUGACGUCAAUGGAGGACUAUAAAAGAUAUGUGGAUGGGCUGUUUUUGGUUCUGUCGGUUCGAUUGCUCAUGAGCUAUUGUUCGAUGCUGUGAUCGAAAUAAAGACCCCGCCGAGAGGCUGCCAGCUUGAUUCUGUCUUCGUGUAGUUCAUUUCUGCACUUCUGCACCGAGGUCAUCUUCUAAAUAAUUGGCGAGCUUCAGCCCAGAUUUUGCCGAGGUCCGGGGCGUUGGCCUCCCCACGCGAGUGAAAUCCACGUGCCGGCACACAAAAGGUAAGAGAAGUUUAUUUCUCUAUUAGAUGUGUGAUUUCACUGGGUGGUGAGACCAUCGUGUGUUUGGGCCUUCGCAAAAGAAAGAGUCUAGAAUCAAAGGAAGCAGAAUCGGGCGGAGUCUCUCGCGUGCUAUUCAUGUAUACAUGAAGGCUGCUCCAAAGUGUGUGGAAAAUUGUGAGACAGACAAAUUAACCAUUGGCGUCAAAGCAGCUGAAAAUCUUGGCCAAGUGUUUGCUGACUUGUGUCUUACGGGGAUAGUAGGAGUAGAGCGAACAGGCCUCGAGCUUAAUAUUUACGGGGGCACAGAAGUAUCGCUAACAGAUCCCGAGAACAGUGAUCAGCAGAGCAGAUCUGUGUUGUGGGUGAACAAGAUGCCGGGAAGUCAAAUCCUAUGGGCAUAGAGUUCACGGCGCGCGAUUGGAUAAUUGGCCGGCAGCCAAGCCCUGGCAGUUGUGUAAAAGUUUAACCCGAUGAGGUUGGACAGACCUCAGAGAUACUGCUCUGCGGAGCCCGGGGAAGUCUGAAAAGGCGAGGAACCUAGACAGACCACCCCAUGUUAAGUGCUGCAAUCUGGGGCGGACCUUUUACUGAGCUCGAAAGGCAGAAACCCUGCAGGUUGCAGACUUAUCUAAUAUAAAUAACGUGGAGAAAUCCACUAGGAAUUAUGGAACAGAUUUAGAUGUGGUUGACUGGACUGUAAACGAAAGUUCAAUCACACUUGCUGGGAAAUCCCACUACAUGUCAGGUCUGUCGCUAAGUAUGGGCACAUUUUAACGAAUAUCCACAAAAACUUAUAGAUGAAACGAACGCAUUUCUCAUAAUAAAUAACGGGAAAUAAAGAAAACAAACAAAACUGUAAUCUGAGAACGUAAAUCAAUCAAACGGAACAUUGGACAUUGGAGGUAUUGAAAUUUAUAAGGUAGGAGUUGUUUGAUCCACAACCUCCUUCCAAAUUGACACCACGGAAAACACGGAUGAUCAACGCGUUAUCUUUAUGAGUCAGCCAACUAAAUAGAAUACCUUCAAAAAUUCACCGAAAAGAAAAUUAAACAAAAGUAUAUUCGACGAAUAAAAAGAGAAACCCCAAAUGUGUGUGUGUUGAGGACCGGUCCGUGUGAACGUGGUCACUCUUUUCCUUUCUCUCCCUCUCCUCGCACUCCGCCGAGGGUGUGUGUGGGAGGGUGUGUGUGUGUGUGUGUGUGGGGGUGUGUGCAUUGUGUGUGCGCGUGGUGGAGAAAGCCCACAUCGCAGUGUGAUAUAUGUUUGAUUGCAAAUACACUGACGCAUAUAUCCUGCAUUGUAAAAGCUGAUUGCAUAUAUGUUUGAUUGCAAAUACACUCAUGCAUACAUCCUGCAUUGCACAAGCUGAAUAUAAUCUGCUGCAAACUAAUAUGUAAAUAAUUGAAAGUGUUUAACAAAGUGGUUGCAGAAAUCCUACAAGCAAUCUAAGAUUAACUGUGUUGUCACGGCUUUGUAUGUGGUGCCCAAAGUUGGGAGACUUGUGACACAAAACAGAUUGCUGGUGGGUUUGGACCUUUUGGAUUGUGUGCGUAAAGUUGUUAGUAGAGCGGAAAGUUGAUGUUGGUGCAGUAGUCUGAGAAAGGUUGAGCAGAGACGCAGUUAGAGUGUGUAAGCUGAGGCAGUUGUGUGUUGUGUAGUAGGGCGUGGCAGAGACGGAGAGCAGGAGAAGUUGACAGUCCGAGAGUCAGAUUGAGACUGAGAGAACUAGGAAGUAAAAGGGGAAGUGAGGUCAAUUCCGCUCUCACUCAGCCCCGAACGAGCCCCCACCUUCGCGUGAGCUAAAAAUAAAGCUCCCUCUCUCCCCCGCUACUACUCUCAUUCAGUGAGGAGCUCCCCCUUCUACACUGUUUGGGAUCCAGGAUAUACAGUCCUCACUCGGUGAGGAGCCCCCACCUUCGUGAGAGCUCCCCCGCCCUUCUCUCCCCUAAAGGAGACCUGACGAGUAAUUUUUUGUUUUUUUUUUUUUGUUCUCUUUCUCCCCUUCUCUCGGCAAGCUGAACAUUAAAGCUAUCGUACCUGCAAUACAAACAUAUAAACAUUUUAAGCGUUUUAAAACAAUCAUAACAGCAUUUUACAGACAUUUUAACAUUGUGUGCAUCAGAUUUUGUGCAUUUAAACAACUGUAAUAGUAGCAUAAGCACAGUGAAACAAAAUAUAAUCAAGAUGUCGAAAAGGAUCACACCAGUCAACAUCAUCAGUUGCAAACACCCCGAACUUCUGAAGGUCAUUAUAGAAACCUCAGAGAGAUGGGAAAAGCAAUGCAAAGGAUUGGAUCCAGCAUGGCCAAAGGAAGGAACGUUUGACGUUGCAGUGUGUGAGGCUAUGGAAUGUCGCAUAAAGGAUCGAAAGCCUGUGAUUAAGACCAAAAGCAAUCAAAAGAAAAAGGAAUUGGAAUUAAAAAUCAUCAACUUCUUUAAAGACGAAGGCCAAGCUCACAGGAGAACAAUCAGGGAGGGCCUAGCUGAAUUAAAAAGGAAUAAACACAGCGCUGCAAAUAAAAUGAGGUCUCAGAUGAGUGUGUCAACAGGUGAAGAAGAGAAGAAAAACGACGGAGGUGAACCAGGAACCAGAGGAUUAUACCCAGUCCUCACAGGAUCAUUCAACAUAAAAGGAGACUGUGAAUUUUCAAAGGGUGAGUCAGCUAGAGACAGAAGAGGGACGGCUACAGCGCAGGGGUCAGGGGGCAUCACACAAAUUGCAGGGGACCCUCCGCAAUACACAGUCAGCCCUGUCAUGCCUACUUCAAGCCCCGCAUCACAAAGAGAGAACACAUGUGAGUUAGUUCCAAGACACUGCAGCACCUCACGAAAGUCAGGAGGAAGGGACAAGCCGGGUGUUUUAGACUGUUAUGCAGAUUAUGACGUCAAGCAAGCAGGAGCAACAUCGUGGUGGUUUGACAUCGAUGGGGGGGGGGUAGACCCAGCACGUGACGCUAACAGGACUAUAAUCCAAGAGCUAGAGGGAGACAUAGAUGGGCGAUAUGAGGAUGUAAUUGGGGGAGCAGGAAACGGAGGAGAAGCAGGUGCAGGGGGAGGAAGCUCACCACAGGCAGCAAGCGCACAGGCAGCAAGCGCAAACACAGAGACCAAGACACAGAAACAAUAUGACCUGAGAUACAGACCCAAUAUACACCCUCCAGAUAGAUACACUGAUCCAGGACAGUAUCCAAUCCUGGUGAAGGGCACCCAGGGUCACUACAUACCAUGGCAAACACUCGACCUUGCUGGGCUGGUUUCACGACUACCGGAUGUUCACGAGGGUGCUGGCAAAUGGAUAAGGGCUUUUGAAGAAGAAACAGUGGGAAAACUGCUAGCUCUGGGAGACAUCAAGGCCGUGUGGGCCCAGACAUUUGGAGCCCCCACAAUGAAUAACAUCUUACGACAAAGUGAUAAUGGAUGGAUGAUCGACCCAAGAGCGGAUGGGACAGAGUUUAACGCGUAUCGCACCACACUGUGGCAGGCGUUACGCAAAGAAUACCCAACCCGAACGGACCCCAAAUCAUUGAAAGGGGAACCGCUCCAAGAGACCGAAAACCCAACUACAUACAUUAACAAGAUGCUCAAAAGAUGGAAACAGGAAACAGAGGAGGAGGUGGACAAGAGCCCGACGCUGAUUAUCCUGUUCAGAAAUGCAGUAGUGGAUGCCCUGCCAACCCCAUGUCGCAGCAGACUGGAGGAUGUGGUGGGACUGACGUCAAUGCCGCACAGGCAAUUUUGCGAUCACAUAACGCAUGCAGUCGAGAAAUAUCGCAAAGAUGAGCAGAACAAUAAAGACCAAGACAAGAACUUACAAAGGAAGCUGGCCCAGAUGCAGCUCGGUGAACUACAAAACAAAACCAAAUCAAAAACUCAGGGUGCAGUGGUGAUGGAUGCAGUGAGCCAGGCGGCGCAGAUCACACAGAAGACCACACCCCCAGCUCCGCAACCGGGACCAACGCCCCCUCAACAAACACCAGUUGUUAACAUAUAUCCACAGCAAACGUCCGAGCCUCCCUACUAUGGCCCGCCGAGACAGCCAAUGCAAAGAAGGGGGGGCGGACAAGGAGGAAGAGGGGGGCAGGAACCAAAGGCCUGCUGGAACUGCGGGAGGAUUGGUCAUAUGUCACGUGGGUGCCCAAAUCCACGAGCGGGCCCCGACUGGGCAGGGCGUGGUCGUGGAGCUCAGCCUGCGCAACGAAGAGGUGGAGGACCAGUCAACCCUUGGGCGGGUCCAAACCAUGGAUAUUAGGGGUGCCCAGAGAAUCCCACGGGGGAGGAUCAGUUGCCUGUAAUCAUUGUGGGAGCUGAUACAGAACCUAUGAUAAAUGUAAAAAUUGAAGAUAAACAAACCCCCAUGUUAGUAGACACUGGAGCAACGCACACAUGCGUGAGUCCUGAGCAUGCUACGCACCUCCCCCUCUCAGGCAAAUGUGUGAAGACGGUGGGAUUCUCGGGGAAGAAACAGUUAAUUCCUAUGACAUUUCCAGUGCGCAUAACAACAGAAACAGACGAAAUUAAAAUUCCAAUCCUGGUAUCCGAUCAAACUCCAAUCAAUCUGCUGGGAAGAGAUGCAUUAUGUGAACUAAAAAUCAAAAUCUGGUGUUCUCCACUCGGGGUGUAUAUAGACGGUGCAGGGUUAGCAACACAAAUGUGCACGCAGAUAGAGGGUGCCAAAGUGUAUUGGCUGGGUGACAUCAUCGCGCCAGUACAAAAAUCAUUUCAGGAGUGGGAGAAAUACAUUCGGGCGCAACUCCCGAAAGCCACAGAACCAUUCUCUGAUUAUCACUGCACCAUGUAUUAUGACACAUCAGGAAGCAAAGCCUUCGAGGAGAAAUGGGACAGAGACACUAAAAACGUAAAAGUAGAUCUAAAGUCACAGUCUAUCAUCGUGGGACACCAAGGUGCAGCUUUAGACGUGCAAAAUAACCCAUUUAUCUCUCAGUGGUACAACGUACCCGAGUCCAUGCCACACAUAACGUUGUUGGUAAAUGAAGGUUUUAGAUCCAAAGAUCUGGGACCAAUGAUGCGCACCGCCACUCAGGCAGAAUGGGAAGAAACAGACAAUCCAUUAAUCUCUGUGUCAAAGAAAGGGGACAUGGUAAAAAUUCAGUGCCAAACAGAAAUGACAGCUAAACCACAGGUGAUAAUCAUUCCUGAAGUUAUCACACAGCCAGUCCUCGCAGAGGAAGACAGAGACGCAAAUGGGCUCCUAACGGAUAUGGCGACACGGGUUCCGGACCACCUGUGGUCCAAGCACGACACCGAUGUGGGACUCGUUAAAUUGGCCAAUCCAGUAGCAAUUGAGCUCAAGCCGAAUGUGUGUUUACCAUGCCGCAUGCAGUAUCCAUUAAAACCGGAAGCUGAAGCAGGCAUAAGUAAGACAAUAGAGGGACUGUUAAAAGCAGGUGUACUAGUUGAAACAAACAGUACAUGCAACACACCAAUUUUUCCAGUUCUUAAAAGUGACAAAUCUAAGUACCGGCUGGUGCAUGAUUUGAGAACUGUAAAUGACAUCAUACAAGAUUUACCAGCUGACGUGCCAAAUCCGCACACACUCCUCACAAACGUUCCGGCCAAUGCAAAAUUUUUCACAGUAAUUGAUCUGUGCUCAGCAUUCUUUAGCAUCCCAUUAGCUGAAGAGUCACAACACCUAUUUGCAUUUACGUACAGAGGAAGGAAGCUAACAUACACAAGAAUACCCCAGGGUAUGAAGCAUAGCCCACAUGUGUUUAACCAGGUCCUCAAACAAGAGCUAGAGGAUCUAGCAAUCAAUAGCACGUUAAUACAGUAUGUGGAUGAUCUGCUGAUCUGUUCGUCCUCGUUGGACGACUGCCAUCGAGACUCGGUUAAAGUACUCCAGAGACUGGCGGAGGGGGGACACAAAGUCUCAAAACCAAAACUCCAGUACUGCAAACCACAAGUCGAAUACCUGGGAAGGAUUAUUUCACAUGGAACCAUUGCGAUAUCUCCAUCGCAGGUAGAAGGUGUGAGCAAAACCCCGCGCCCACGAACGGUGCAACAGAUGAUGACAUUCUUGGGAAUGACGGGAUACAGCUCGGAUUGGAUUGAAGACUAUGCUGAGAAGACGGCUCCUUUGAGAGGGAUGAUCAAAGAAGCAGGCAACGAAUCACUGAAAGCUCAGCUAAAAUGGACAAGUGGAGCACUGUCAGCAUUCGAGGCGUUGAAGCAAGAAAUGCAGAGGGCGCCGUGCCUUGCCACUCCAAACUAUGACAAACCAUUUUCGUUGUACGUGUCAAACAGAGCAGACAUGUACGCGACAGCGAUAUUGAUGCAAGAGACCUGUAGUGGGCGACAAAAACAACCAAUAGCAUACUACAGCACUAAACUAGACAAUGUAGUCCAGGGAUGGCCACCAUGCUACCAAGGUUUGGCUGCAGUGCAUUUUGCGUACGAAAAGGCGUCUUCGAUAACCAUGGGGUAUCCAGUGACCAUAUUCACGCAUCAUAAAAUCAGUGAGUUAAUAAACCAAGGGAAGUUUGUCGUAACUCAGGCACGAUGUUUGCAGUACACGCCACUUUUAACCUACCCAGAUGUAACAAUAAAGAAGUGUCCCACCUCAAAUCCAGCGAUGGUGAUUCCUCUGGAAAACGAGGGAGAACCUCACGAAUGUAUUGCCGAGACAAUGAGAUACACAAAACUGAGACCUGAUCUCGAGUCAACUCCGCUGAUCGGCGAAGAUGUAACAUAUUAUGUUGACGGUUCAUGUUUCAGAGACCAUCUGGGGAACCAUGCAGGUUUUGCUGUGGUGAGGCAAGACGCUGAUGAGUUUGUGACGGAGAAAGCUGAGAGUUGUGUCCAACCAUGUUCAGCCCAGUUGGCUGAACUAAAAGCGCUGACUGAAGCGUGUAAGUUAGCGCGGGGAAGAGUGGCUAAUAUCUACACGGACUCAGCGUAUGCACAUGGUGUAUGUCAUCUGUUCGGUUCUCUGUGGAGACAGAGGGGAUUCAGGAAGACAGAUGGCAGCCCAAUACAACAUGGUAAUCAAAUAAACGAGUUAAUGUCUGCAAUGAUGUUGCCAACGAAACUUGCGAUCAUUAAAUGUCAAGCUCAUCGUAAGGGAAAUGAGGUUGUCAUAAGGGGAAACAACGCGGCCGACGAAGCUGCGAAAACUGCUUCCAGGUGCGAAGUGGCCGUGUUGGCCCCGUUGGUGUUACUUGAGCCUACAGUAACACCCGAGGACAUCGUGAUGAUGCAGGAGGAGGCCGGUGAAAAUGAGCAUAAUCUGUGGCGUCAAAGGGGGGCGUCGGCAGAUAAAAUAGGACUGUGGAGAUCGCAUGAUGGGUUUUUAGUGGCACCGGUUCCUCUCCUGACCAUUCUGAUCUCCCAAGUACACAGUGUGGAUCACUGUGGAAGGGGGGAGGUGGUAAAAAAGAUAAAACAGCAAGGGUACUGGUCACCAUACAUGCAAGCGAUGGUUGACGAAGUACUAAGUCAAUGUGAUGUUUGUGCUCAGAACAACGUUCGAAAAGCAAUACAAACACCAGUGGGACACAUUCCGGUCCCCGAGGGACCAUUUAAACACCUAGCCAUAGACUAUGUUGACAUGAUAAAGUCAGUGCACGGAAAGCGCUACAUGUUGGUCAUCAUAGACAGAUUUUCACGCUGGGUAGAAGCCGUUCCUUCAAAGACUCUAGGAUCAGAAACAGUGGUCAAGUUUCUGACCAGGGAGGUCAUUCCAAGGUUUGGCAUCCCGUCAGAAAUAAGCUCAGACAACGGCUCAGCAUUUGUACAUAAAGUUGCCAAAGGGGUCCUCCAGCAGCUCCGAAUCAAGCAAAGACUGUCUGCUGUGUACCAUCCCCAGAGUAACGGGAUGGUAGAGCGGAUUAAUGGAACUCUGAAAGCAAAAAUCAGCAAAAUUUGCGCCAGUACAAAGCUAAACUGGGUAGAUGCUUUGCCGCUUGCACUAAUGAGCUACCGCAUGCAAACUCACAGAAGCACGCAUCUCACGCCGCAUGAAAUGCUCACGGGUCGACCAAUGCCAGCACCGCAGUUGCGAGGUCCGUAUAAAGGACCUCCCCUCGAACAGCUGCAGAUAGAAUUGAAAGAUUAUAUGAACCAGCUAACAGCAAUACAUAAGACUAUCUACCUGCAGGAAAAAAGGAGAGAACCAGUUAAAGACGAGCAGGUCGUGAAACCAGUGGUGCCGGGUGACCAAGUGUACGUCAAGGUCUUCCGCAGGAAGUGGCACGAACCACGACGGGAAGGACCGUACACGGUGGUGCGAGCUACUCCCACAGCAGUCCAGGUCGAAGGGAGCGGGACGUGGUAUCACCUGUCGCACUGCACGAAAGUUCCAGGCAAAACCAAGGGCGGUAUUGAGUUGAAAAACAAAGAUGAAAAACAUGACAUUGUGGUGUGUGUUGGUGGUAAUGAACUCUCUUCUAUGGAUGCCUGUAGAAGCAGUGGAGCUAGAGACUCAAAGGGGAAAACAGAGCACCCCGGGGACCAGAGCCACGCCAGAGACCAACCCGCACGACAGAGGAGACAGAGCAUCUGAAUCAGAUGAGUAUGAUGCAACCACACAGACACCAAUCCAUGACAUGCUGAACUCUGAGCCAGCACUCUCAGCUGAGCUCAAACACAUAAACAUGCCGCACCAAGUAGUGUAUGGACGAACACGGGGUAAGAGAGCUGUACACACGAUGUGGCGGUGGCGCGCUAGCAUGGACAUACCCGAUAGCAUGAAAAACGGUAACAUAACAUACGGGGUAAUGGUCGUGUCACGAGAUUAUGUGCGAACCCAAUUGUGCGGAGUGAAGAAGGGUAGUCAGGAACAAGAAUGGGGGCAGGACGCUUGUCAAAUCAUUCUGAGGGUGAGAGGGAAACUUGAGAUUAUCGUCAGGAUAGCAACUCACUUCAGUCCAGUUAAGACGUAUUAUGCUGUCGUGGGCCUGCGUGGGAGUGGUGAGGGCAGAGAGAUCCGAGAAACACUGACACUAGACAGGGAGGAAACACCCGAUCCAAGAGUUUUGCAUGAAGCACCACUCAAAAGUGAAAUGAUUAACGGGAGAAUAAGACUACACAUUCCGCCACAGACAGUAUCAAGCAGUCUAUACAGACGAGAUGUGCGGGUACUGGAAGUUGAGGAAGUCGAGACCGAGAUGACAACAAAUGUACUCUGCGGUUGGGCCCAUCAGUAUAAUCAGGAUGUAACGAUGUGGGGUGGAGCUGAGUGUGGGUUAACAGUAUUCGAAGAGGCGGGCCAAUGGGUAGCUGAGCUCGAUGAAGACAAGUUUACUCCAAAUGAAACCUACAUUCUCGACCUUACGAGCAUAGCAAGUGGGGGAAGAGCCGCAAAACGCGCACUUCCGUGGCGAGUUCCUAACAGGGGGCAGGUAGAAAGGGUUGAGCCGACCGCUACAACGACAGGUCAGGGAGUGUUUACCACUCUAGAACCGACAAAAGUUCCCCAUUUGACUACACCAAAACCGACCGGAAAUUCCCAUUCAAGAACUCCGGCUCCAGUAGGGAAUCGCCAUUCAAUUGCAGUGGUUCCAACAGAAGUUCGCAGCGCGACCGCGCCAAAUCCAAAAACGGUAAAUUCGGUCACACCAACUCCGAAGGGAAAUCACAACCCAAUCGUAGUAGCUGUAACAGAGGCCAAAUUGGGUAAGGUAUCCACAUCGACAACACCUAGUAAAACGACCCCAGAUACACAGUAUGAUGAGUACGAUGAUUACGAUGGUAGUCCAGGUAAAGUGGGAAGUUUUGACAAGCCCGUGCAGAGAAGUGUAAAAUCGUACUCAGAUAAACUUUGGGAAGAGGCCAGUGGGAAUGGGUGGUACCAGUGGGCUAUGUAUACCGCAAAACAGAUGACCCCUAGUGAAUGCAUUGUGUGUGCUGAAGCCCCAACGACACUUCCCACUGUAGUACCAGAGAAAUAUACGCACGAAGAAUGCGCUAAAGUUCAACAACAAAAGUGUAGAAGUGGUGAGUUCACUCCCAAUCCGCAGGUGCCAUCACUCUACGGGCUUCCAAUGUGUGGUGUUCGAUGUAGGCUUCUGUAUGGGUCAGGAUCUCAUCAUGGGUAUUUAGAGACGUGCGUAGACUGUAAAUUUCGCCAGACAUGUAGAGAAUUCGCCACCACAACGUCACAAGACGAGCCCCCUACAAACUACAAAGUAGACGAUAUGAGUAAUUACGAGUGUUUCGCCAGUGGAGGGUUUAUGAAUAAACCAGGGGAAGGAGUCCAGGUGGGAAACACAACUGUUAAUUGUAAAAUUACGUGGGUAUUGUCAUGGUUUCCUGAAGCUAAUAUGAGCGAACCAUUUAUAACUAGACCAGUUUGGUUUGAAGAUCCAGAGCAAACGUUAGAUCAAACAUGUGAAAACAUAACUAUGACCAGACCGAUUAUGCAGUUUUUCGCAAGUCAAACUGUUGCAGUAGCUGACAGUUACUGGAUGUGUGGAGACAACAUUGUGCGAAACACACUUCCACCAAAAUGGAUUGGACUCUGUACAUUAGUGCGAAUGAAAGUGCCAGUUGUCGUGUUGUAUGACGGCGUCGAGGAGAUCCUUAAAAUCCCGGAAGAAACAGCCAAAUUGAACCGCCAUAAAAGGCAAAUUGACGAAAAGGUGUACAUCAAUAGUAUAGGAGUGCCAAUAGGAAUUCCAGAGGAGUUUAAAGCUCAGGAUGAGAUUAGAGCAGGUCUAGAGUCGAUUCUCCCCUGGAUCACCACUAAUAAAAAUGUCCAAUGGAUAAAUUACAUUUAUUACAACCAACAGAGGUUUGUUAAUGCGACAUCUGAGAUCCUGAGCGCUCUCGGUAUUCAGUUACACGCAGCAAGUAUAAUGGCCCAACAAAACAGACAGGUUUUGAAUUGGCUGACAGCGGAUAGGGGAGGAGUAUGUCACAUGUUCGGGAAACAUUGUUGUACCUUUAUUCCAAAUAAUACAGCCCCCGAUGGUAUAUUUUCUGUGGCAAUGGGGAAGCUUACAGAACUCAGAGUUGAGCUCAGGGAGAGUGCGGGCAAGGGGGGACUGUCAUGGGAUUGGUUAGACCAAAUUUUAGGAAAAUGGGGAGCCGUUUGGGCUAAGAUAGGACUCAGUGCAUUAGCAGUCCUAAUUGUAAUUUCCUUUUUGACAUGUUGCAUCAUCCCCAUCCUGAGGAGGCAGUGUCUGCGGGCUCUGGACAGACAGAUGAUUGUGGCGACUGGUCUCCAAAAAGCUCAAAUGUUGGACUUGCUGACGCCGUCCCAAAUGGCACAACUCUGCUUGGACGACAGCAAGGCGGGAAACGGGGACUAUACGGACUUGUACCCGAACCCUGCCUGUGUGGGUGACUAUGAUGAGGACGAACUGAGUCAAGUGUAAGGUAAACAAGAAGCAGAGGUGCAGCAGCAGCGAGCGAGCAAAAGGAAAGGCAAAUGGGACGGCGGAGCAAAUGGACUAUCAUAUCACUACACGCAUAUUCUGUUACUAUCCAGGUGUAUUCUGCAUAAUGGACUAUCAUACCAAUACACACAUAUCCUGCAGUUAUCCAUGUGUACUCUGCAUACUCACAUCAUUUACACAUACUCAUUCCAGGUAAAUGGAAACAGGUAAAGGAAAUUGUUAAUCAUGUUUGAGCAAUAAAACAUGUGGUUGAUUGUCAUGUAGGGUGGGUCAGAGAAAAGCUGUUAAGAUUUAGAAGGUUCACGGUAAAGGUCGCCAGCGGGAGGGGCCGCAGGGGAAUUUCCUGCUCAAAGCAGCCAGCAGGUUUUCGCCCCUGCCAGAUGUGAACCGAGGGAUCUAAGUGUUGUAUUUGUGAAAAUGUAACAUUCGUGAUCACAAGCAUGAGUUGGAUUGGUUUGAAAACAUACAUAUGCAUCUGUAAUCAAUCAAUUAGUACCAUAUCACAUAACGUUGUCAUAACUCAUCCAUGUAACGUAACUAAGGCCAAGACAAGACAAGUGUGAAUCUCCAACGGCGUCAGUGAACUUGGUUAAUCUUGAAAAGAUUCAAAGGGGGGAUAUGUGGGGGAAAAUAACAGAUAUGUUUGGAUGUUUUGGGGGUUACCAUGAAGCAAGAAAACAGGAUAUGGGUGGAGUGGUCAGAUCGGCAUAAACUUCAUAUCAGGUCAUGGUGACCCUCUCCCAUGGUAGCUUAAUUGCAAUAACAGGAAAUCUGGCGCCAAAAGAUAAUGGCAGAGAAAGUCACGAAGGGGACUUUCGCACGCACAUCUGGCCAAAACUAAGGUCCCUGACGUCAAUGGAGGACUAUAAAAGAUAUGUGGAUGGGCUGUUUUUGGUUCUGUCGGUUCGAUUGCUCAUGAGCUAUUGUUCGAUGCUGUGAUCGAAAUAAAGACCCCGCCGAGAGGCUGCCAGCUUGAUUCUGUCUUCGUGUAGUUCAUUUCUGCACUUCUGCACCGAGGUCAUCUUCUAAAUAAGAAGCUUUUGUUGUUUAAAAUUCAUACAUGAAAUAAAUCUCUCUGAUCUCCUUUAUUUCCCCAGACUGAAGGAAACUUCCUCGUCUAUGAAAACCAGAUCAGUUACCCUCAGGAUUUCCUACCUUUGGAGGAGCCUCUCAUACACAGAGAUUCUCCCUACUGGUGAGAAACUCUGAUGCUGUUUCUACUCCGCCUGUCUUUGAGUAAGGUCAUGGUGUUGACUUUCUGUGUUUCAGGCUGACGCUUCAGUGUCGAUAUCAGGUGAACGAAAGUCUCACUGUGGCUUUUCAGCAGCAUUUGGACUUUUCCCAAACUCUAGUCAAACACACAAACACAGGUAAUCUUUUCUGACUUCAUAUUUUAAAAGGUAAUCCGAGUUUAUGUUGUAUAUAUAUUAGUUAUAAUAGUUAUUUUCAACAGGUCACUGACCUGGAGAGGGGGGAAACUCUUCCUCCUGGUCUUGUUUCUGUGAAAACUCUCCUCUUUCCUGCAGUUUCAUUGUGGGUCUCGUGGACAUUUGUCUCCUUGCUUCUGCUUCUCAAGCUGUGUACUUGGAGUUUCUACAGACUUUGCCUGGAUAUUAAAUGAAGACCAUGAGAUUUUUGUUCAUAUUGUGUUUAUUUUUUGUCAUUUAUUUUAUGAAUCUUAUCUGUAUAGAGUAUUUUGACCCCCAAAAAAUUAAAAAAGAAAAAUUAUGAAAAA